AUGGAGCUUCCCCCAUGCUUCCGUUUACACCCCACCGAUGAAGAACUUAUCACCCACUACCUCUCCAAUAAACUUCUCAACUCCAGCUUCGACGCAAAAGCUAUCGCCCAAGUCGAACUCAACAAGUGCGAGCCGUGGGACUUACCGAGCAAGGAUAUAGAAGGAGAUUCAAAGGGAGAAUAUCCUUGUUGGAAUGAAAAAGACACUAGUCUUUUACAGAGGCAGAGCUCCCAAAGUAGAGAAGACAAAGUGGAUAAUAGCAAGUGGGUGAUCUAUAGGGUGAUUGAGAAAAGCUUGUCAGGGAAAGAGAAGGGAGCUUUUGGGUUGGCAAAGAUUGGAUCUUUGUCCUCUAUGUUUGAAGAAGAGAUGACUCAGGGAGAGCGUCGAGCUAGAUCUUUCUACGGAGGCAACGUCUUCAGAGACAAGUUCAUGGCGUCGGCGGUGCGCAACCCUGCGGAGACGGGGCUAGUAACUGUCGCAAAUACAGAUGCCUUGAAGCUACUAGCACUAGGCCUG